GUGGCGGUACUUACUGUAAACGUCAUGGACACCUAUUUCUGAGAUUAGAGCAAGAUGGCUCAAUGGGAAGCAGGAAGUAAAUACAUGUCAUUGAAGAGAUUAAAGCGAAGAGACUCAACAGAGCCUCGAGAAGAAGGUAAAUUAUGAGAAUUUCAUCACGUUUGGGGUGUCAGCACUGAGGGGAAUGCCUCCACCAGAGGGUCCUGGUCCUAACCCCUGGGCCCUCUCAGAGUUACUGGGCCAGCGGAGGCUUGUGGUGUUGGGGGUGCUAGUAGCAUGGAUGGUCCUCUUCCACCUCCUGGUGAACGUGUGGCUCCUCUGUCUCUUCACCAGCCUGCUGGUGGUCCUGGGUGGCUGGCUGGGGUCCCGCGCUGCCCUGGAUGCCAACAGCCUGCUACACCUGGAGCACUUCGUCCCCUUGGGUAGAUCAGAGAAGGCCCUCCACUCGCCUGAGAGCGAAUGGAGGCUGGACCACGAGAUCCACAGCGCUGUGCAUAAAGCCGUCCGGGACUUUGUGUCAUCCUGGUACCACACCAUGCUGACCGAGGAGGAGGGGCCGGGGGAGUUUGAGCACAUUAUGCGGGACGCCAUGCUGGAUUCAGUGAUGGAGCUGAAGGAGAGGGCUCGGCGCGUGGACAGGAGAGCGCUGGUCCAGAGGACCUUGGAGCUGUGUGGCUGCCACCUGCAGAGCUACAUGACAGCCAGGGAGAUGAUGAAGCAGGCGGAGGCACGGCUGGGGAUGCAGCACAGAGACAGCUCCAGCACCCCCAGCCUGUGGGAGUUGUAUAGCCAGGCGGAUGCCCCCCACCCAGCCCUGGCUAGUCCAUCCACGGAGCUCAGCUAUUCCCGGGCCGUAGUGGACCUCCUAAUGCAAGUCCUGGUCCCGUUCCCUCACCUAGAGACCAGGACAGGGAGGUACAUGGUGGGGGAGUUGAUCACCUGUAACGUCCUCCUCCCACUGGUCAGUAGGGUGUCCGACCCUGACUGGCUCAACCUCACCAUUGUGGACUUGUUCACCAAAGCCAAAGAAUCACCGGAUGAGUCCCUCGAUGAGCUCCCUGAUACUCUAGUCCAGCUGCACAGGAGUCAGACCCAGCAGGAGCUCUGGACCCGGACCCGUUCUACCUCCUGGCUCCAGACUCAGAGAGACCAGAACGAGUCCAGCAACAGCCCCACUCCUCCCAAGCCGGCCACUCCAGACUCCCUGGACUCCACGGAGUCCUACCAUAUGGCAAAGCCAGAUCUGAAGGAGGAAACACGGCAGUACUGUGGAGCGAUCCUGCCAAUGUCAUGCAUUGGUCCAUCGAUCAGAAUAAACAGUUGUCCUGUGUCUAUGGAUCUGCUGAGGUCCUGCAGCGGUGGCAGCCGCCUGUGUCAGGUUGUGGACUCAGACCUGGAGUCCCCAUCGACAGAAUCAAAACAGCUCUCUGUGGAGUCCCUAGACCAGAUGGACUCCGAGGAGGACCAGACAGACGGUUUCUGUGACUGUGCCUCCCCUACCAACUUCUGCAGUGUGUUUGAAGAUGAGCCGCCUGGAUGCUUCGGCAACAUGAAGGUCCUGGGACCCAAGGUGCAGGUAUCCGAGCAGCCCCACUGGCCAGUGGGCAUGGCAGAGGAGCUGCACCCACGCUGCCCUGUCCCUCCGGGGGGGCUGUGUCUGACCCCCUUCAGCUUCGAACCCCUCAGCAGCCCAGACGGACCCGUCCUCAUCCAGAACCUGAGAAUCACUGGUGCUGUGACAGCCAAGGAGCACCGCAGCACCGGCUCACACCCCUAUACUCUAUACACCGUAAAGUAUGAGACUGUGGUUGACUCAGAGAGCCUGGGUACUCUACAACCUGUAGCCUACCACACUGUGAACCGGCGCUACAGCGAGUUCCUCCACCUUCAGACACGCCUGGAGGAGAAGCCUGACCUCAAGAAGAUGAUUAAGAAUGUCAAGGGACCCAAGAAGAUUUUCCCUGAUCUUCCAUUUGGAAACCCAGAUAUUGACAAGGUGGAAGUUCGAAAAGGACAGCUGGAUACCUUUCUUAAACAACUGUGCACCAUCCCUGAGACGGCCAACAGCGACGAGAUGCAGGAGUUCCUGGCUCUUCACACAGACGCCAGCACAGCCUUUGAGAAGAAACCAUUUGUUAUGUCCAGGAUUGAUAAGAUGAUGGCAAAUGCUGUAGACACUCUGAAGACAGCAUUCCCUCGUUCUGAGGAUGACCUGGAUGGAGACCCUGCUGAUGGGAGGAAUGCCCCAGAAGGAAGGAAGAGGUCUGUCCGGCUGAGGUUCUCCAGUAAAGUUGCCCCUACUCUUAACAUACCUGAUAUCCAGCCCAAAGUCAUAUACUGCUUCAAUGAAGGCAGCACUGUGUUCCAUGACCUGUCCCUGUCUGGUCUGGAGGGCUUUAUAAAGGACCAGGAGGCUCUGCUCUAUGCUCCCCAGGAGAAGGAGGCUGACAGGAGGAGGUUCAGCGUGCCACCUGUCAAAGACAGGAAGGGAGGUGGGGGUCGGGAGAGAAAACUACGGGGGACAGACACGGCCGUGGCAGAUGUAGCUCUGAACAUCCUGUGUCUGCUGAUGAAGGAGCAGUGGAGCUGGCUGUGUACUGAGAACAUCCAGAAGACCAUCAGACUGCUGUUUGGCACCUUCAUUGAGAGGUGGCUGGACGUGGGCGUUGCCCACCUGACCAGUGCUCCCUGCUGGGUGAUCUACCUCCAGGUGAUGCAGGAGGCAGUGUGGCCCGGGGGUGUCCUCCCUGAUGGGCCCCGUCCCGACCGCAGCCCCAUCCAGAGAGAAGAGACCAGGCAGCAGUGUCUGCACUGCCUCACACAGCUACUACCAGACCUGAUUUCUGACAUGCUGGGUUCUGAGAAGUACAGGCUGAGCUGGGAUAUGGCACUGGAGUCUCUGCAGGACCCUAACAUCAACCGGCACCUGAUCUACUGUAUCUGUGACCUGCUGUUGGAGUUCCUGAUUCCAGAGUCUUCGGAGGAGGGCUUUCAGAGAUCUCUACUACACAGUCUCUUUGGGGAUGAAGAGAGGCUGUCUGCUUCAGCUUGACGACACAGCAACACACAACCCCUCUCUCUGCUCCCCUGUUACUAUCCCCAUCUACCACCCUCGCAUCCUGGUUGGCUCAUCAAUAUGGUAACCAUGGUCCUGCUAGGUUAGUUAGAAUGGGAACUUCUCAUGACGUCAGAUAAGAGGAAUGAGGAGAGGGAGGAGGAAGAGG